UAGUUCGCCGGUGAGCUAGUUGAGCUAACUAAGCUACGAGCUAACACGCAAAAGAGCGCAGUUUUAGUGACAGCUUUUAAUUUAUAUCGUUCAUGCUACACGUUAAAUAUGUAUCUUUGGCCUCUGUAGUAGAAAUAAGUGGUGGGUUUGGCUGUAAAGGACCUGUUAGCGCGGACUGCAGGACACAAACAAUCACUGGAGGGGUGCAUGCAGUGUGUUGGGAUGCAGAAAUGGGCAAGGAGAAAAACGUGUCAGAUUUUCCCAGUGGUGGACAGUAACUAAGUAAAUUCCUGACUGUGAUGUAGGCGUCCAUGGCGUCUUGCAGCGUGCCCACAACGGAAGACGGCUUCCCGACGUUGCGACCACGGCGCAUCCAGAACCAGAACGUGGUCCAUCGUCUGGAGCGCCGGCGCAUCUGCUCAGGCCGCCCCGGGGCACACUGGUACAGGGUGCGCUGCUUCCACCAGAAUCUCUUCCCCAACUUCACUGUAGUAAAUGUGGAGAAGCCCCCAUGCUUUUUGCGCAAGUUCUCCCCAGAUGGACGCUGCUUCAUCGCGUUCUCCUCGGACCAGACCUCCCUGGAGAUAUACGAGUACCAGGGCUGCCAGGCUGCCGAGGACCUGCUCCAGGGCCAGGAAGGAGAGACUUUGGCCAACGGGAACGACCAGCGCUCUCUGAACAUCCGCGGGCGGCUCUUCGAGCGCUUCUUCUCUCUCCUCCACGUCACUAACGUGGCCUCUAACGGGGAGCACCUGAACCGUGAGUGCAGCCUGUUCACAGACGACUGCCGUUACGUUAUAGUGGGAUCUGCGGCCUACCUGCCCGAGGAGCCGCACCCGCACUUCUUCGAGGUUUACCGCAACAACGAGUCCGUGACUCCAAACCCGCGUUCUCCUCUGGAGGAUUACUCGCUCCACAUCAUAGACCUACACACGGGCCGUCUCUGCGACACGCGCACCUUCAAAUGUGAUAAGAUCAUCCUGUCUCACAACCAGGGCCUCUAUCUGUACAGGAACAUACUAGCCGUGCUGUCUGUCCAGCAACAGACCAUCCAUGUGUUUCAGGUGACUCCAGAAGGAACUUUCCUGGACGUCCGAACUAUUGGGCGUUUUUGUUAUGAGGAUGACCUUUUGACCCUUUCGGCGGUAUACUCCGAGGCUCAGGCGGAGGGUCAGCCGGGUUUCUCUCGACUCUACAAGGAGAAAAGCAUCAACUCUCUGAAACACAGACUCCUGGUGUACCUGUGGAGGCGAGCGGAGCAGGACGGCAGCGCCACGGCCAAACGCAGGUUUUUCCAGUUCUUCGACCAGCUGAGGCAGCUGAGAAUGUGGAAAAUGCAGCUUCUGGACGAGCAUCACCUCUUCAUCAAAUACACCAGCGAAGACGUGGUCACCCUCCGGGUGACUGACCCCUCUCAGCCCUCUUUCUUUGUCGUGUACAACAUGGUCACCACUGAGGUGAUUGCGGUGUUUGAGAACACUUCGGACAAGCUGUUGGAACUGUUUGAGAAUUUCUGCGAUCUUUUCCGGAACGCUACGCUCCACAGCGAGGCCGUGCAGUUCCCCUGCUCUGCGUCCAGCAAUAACUUCGCCCGGCAGGUCCAGCGCAGAUUUAAGGACACUAUAGUGAACGCUAAGUAUGGUGGUCACACAGAGGCGGUCCGCAGGCUGCUGGGUCAGCUCCCCAUUAGUGCGCAGUCAUACAGCAGUAGCCCCUACUUGGAUCUCUCACUCUUCAGCUAUGAUGAUAAGUGGGUCUCUGUCAUGGAAAGACCCAAAACAUGUGGAGAUCAUCCCAUACGGUUUUACGCGAGGGAUUCUGGUUUGCUGAAGUUUAAAAUUCAGGCUGGCCUGCUGGGCAGACCGAUUAACCACGCCGUCCGGAGACUGGUCGCCUUUACCUUUCACCCCUUCGAACCUUUUGCCAUUUCUGUGCAGCGCACAAACGCUGAGUAUGUUGUCAACUUCCAUAUGCGCCACGGGUGUGUGUGAUCAGACUACGGACCGUUUCUGAAUGAACUGAGUUUCUGUAUUUUUUUUUUUUUUUUUUUGCUUCAGUCCUCAAGCUUUUUGUUUUCACAGUGGAAAAGAACAGACUGUUCUGAACUGUGAUAAUUUCUUCAUAGCCGGGAGAGACUGGAGCAGUGCUUGCUGGAUUUUAAAAUGACAGCAGUGAUGUCUGUGAGGGACGCAUGGGUGCUGUUUUUUUUAUGAUUAAUAUCCCUUUUUUAUAUUAAAGCUUUAUUUAUUGUAGAUACGAUGUAUCACUUUUUUCCAAAAUCGCUUUAUAGGAAGUAAAAGCUGCUUUGGAGCGUUUAGGCCUUCUGAUCUCACCACUUUCACACGCUUGUUUUAUUUCAGCAUUAUGAGUGUUCAUUUUCAGUGUUUGUGUUCACUCACUUUGUGGCCUGGAUGCUAAAUUAAUGCGGAACUUUCUCCAAAAUCCCACUCGCCACUUUUCUUUUGAAAUGUUGCCUGGCAGGACAAGAAUUUCGUACUUCGCAGUCACGAAAUGCAAUGCAAUUUUUGAAAUUGCUGCACCAGUACAGGCUCCACGAAUGCCCCCUUUUAGCUGAACCAAUCCCCCCCGCACCCCCAUUCAAAAAGCCUAAUGAAAUAAACUCCGAUACAAUCCAUUACCAGCCCGGCACCCACAUAGUGGACCAGCAUUAACCAAAAAUGGAGGAGGUAUCAUAGCACUUACCAUACGUGUCACCAUCGCUAAUGUCACAAUAAUAACAGAGACUAAUUGUGAAACGGAUUCAUUACACCUGGCUUCACUAAAUGAUGCCGAAUCCUCUUGAGAAUAGGCAGUGUUGAUGAUGCCGGUGCAGAGGUUGAAGAAAAUGCAUCUAUUUUAGCUCCCACUGUUCAGUGGAGCACCGUUCAGGCUUCGCCCACCCCCCCCCACUUAUUUUUGUCAAGGUGGAAAAAAAGGAAUAAAAUAAAUUGAACACCCAGAGCUAAACACACAUUUUGGGGCUGUUAUGCUCCCUGAGAAAAAGAAAAAGGUAAACAGAUGAAAAAAGUCAAAUCUCCCCUCAGUCUAAAAGCUUCUUUUGCUUGAACUUCUGCGUAUUUUUCCCUUUUCUUUCUUUCUUUUUUUUUUUUUUGAGUAGACCCGUAAGUGCAACUACUGUAAACGUAAUCAUUUUUUUUUCUCAAGGCUUUAUGAAUACGAAUCUCUGAUAUCCCGCUAGUUACUGACAAAAAUUUCCUCUGUCCUGCGAGAUGGCCGCAUUCUUGUGAGCGCUCCAGGCGCAGGCUGUGAAUGCUUUUAGCCGGCGCUUCGCGUUGGGAAAGGGAAAAAAAAAAAAAAACUCUGAUCCUAGGGUUCAG